AUGAAAAUUGUAUUGCUAUAUAUAUUUGUUAUAACUAAUGAAUUGUAUUCCGGAAAACCGGAAAAUUGGGUCGUUUUGAACCGUUUGAAACGGCAAACCAUUUGUAAGGUUUUUUUUGUUUUUUGCUCUGUAAAAUUUUCUAACUGCAGAUGUGCUGUUGUAACUGGGGCAAACAAAGGAAUUGGACUAGAAAUUUGCAGGCAGUUAGCAUCUGAAGGUAUUACCGUAAUUUUGACAGCUCGUGAUGAACAAAGAGGGCUUGAAGCUGUCGAAAAUCUCAAAGGGUCUUCUGGCAUUUCUGAUGAUGGCGUCGUCUUUCAUCAGCUUGACGUCACUGAUUUAGCAAGUAUUGAUUCCCUCGCCGAAUUUAUCAAGUCCCAAUUCGGAAAGCUCGAUAUAUUGGUUAACAAUGCAGCGAUUCUUGGAGCAAUAGUCGACGGUGAUGCUUGGAGAGCCUCAAAUGCGGACGGAGGAGCAAAAAUCGACUGGAACGAGAUAAUGACAGAGAACUACGACUUGACCGAAGAAUGUCUUCAAACAAAUUAUUACAGCACGAAAAGAAUUACCGAAGCACUUCUUCCCCUGCUCAAGCUGUCUGAAUCACCAAGGAUUGUUAAUGUUUCGUCUUCAAUGGGGAAGCUCAAGCAUAUACCGAACGAAUGGGCUAAAGGGAUACUGAAUGAUGCCGAGAAUCUAACAGAAGAAAGAAUCGACGAGGUUGUGAAUGCGUUCCUUAAAGAUUUCAAAGAAGGUUCCGCAGAAGCGAAAGGCUGGCCUCAAUAUUCUGCUGCGUAUAUAGUCUCUAAAGCAGCCGUGAGUGCAUACACGAGAAUUCUUGCCAAGAAAUACCCGAGUUUUCGUAUUAACUGCGUUUGCCCUGGAUAUGUUAAUACCGAUAUGAACUACGGUACGGGUAUGUUGAGUGUAGAAGAAGGUGCAGAAAGUCCAGUGAAGCUGGCUUUGAUCCCUGAUGAUGGUCCUUCUGGAAUGUUCUUUUUCAGGAAGGAAGUUUCCUCUUUCGAGGAAUGAUUAGUGUGCAUCGAUUAUUUAUAUGCGUACGUGUGUUUUUAUAUAUAAAUGAAUAAAUGGAUUGUGGAUACACACUCUGUGCAGUAUGAUUGUAUCGUGAAUAUAGUAUCGAAAACGAUGUUUUUUUGUCC